AUGUCAGAUACUUAUUUAGUCACCGGUGGUACCGGUUACGUUGGUGGAUUCACUGUUUUACAAUUGUUAGAAGAAGGUAAAACUGUUAGAACUACUAUUAGAAACUUAGCCAAAGAAGCACAAUUCCGUAAAUCAAUCUAUUCAUCAAGUGAUAAAUUAACUAAAGAAAUUGUGGAUUCAAAAUUAACUGUUAUUGAAGCUGAUUUAUUAAAGGAUGCCAAUUGGACUGAAGCUAUCAAAGAUGUUACUUAUGUCUUACAUGUUGCAUCACCUUUCCCUCCAAGUCAACCUGAAGAUCCAGAAACUUUAAUCAAGCCUGCUAAAGAAGGUACUUUAAGAAUCUUAGAAUUAGCUGCAAAGACUCCAUCUGUCAAACAUGUUGUUGUCACUUCUUCCUUUGCCGCUAUUAGAUUUGGAUAUCCAGCUGAUAGAACUGAAACUUUCACCGAAAAGGAUUGGACUAUUGUUGACAAAUCUGAUAGUUAUUAUGUUAAAUCAAAGGCAAUUGCUGAAAAAUCUGCUUGGGAUUAUGUUAAAGAGCAUAAAGUUCAUUAUGGUUUAUCAGUGAUUAACCCAGCUUUAAUUAUUGGUCCUUCAUUGAAAUAUCAAGUUACUAAUUCAACCUCAAUUAAUAAAAUCAAGACUUUAAUUGAUGGUACAUUAAAGGAAACUGGAGCUGCCAAACAAUAUUUGAGUUUAGUUGAUGUUAGAGACAUUGCCAAAUUACAUAUUGAAGCUUUGACCAAUCCAAAAGCCAAUGGCGAAAGAUUCUUAGCUCAUAGUGGUCCUAGUAUUUCAUUAUAUGAAGCUGGUCAAGUGUUAGCUAAAUCUGAUAAGAUAAGUGCUGAAUUAAAAGCAAACAUUCCAACUAAAGAAUUAGAAGGUACUGCUAAACCAAUUCCAUCAAGUGUUGAAAAAGCCAAAGCUGCUUUUAAUUGGACUCCAAUUCCAAAUGAAGUUUCUUUAGUUGCUACUGUUGAAGGAAUUUUACUUCAAGAACAAGAGUAG